AUGUGGCUGGACGAGGCUGACGGUUUCGCCGAAAUAUUUAAGGGUUAUUUGCCCUACUAUCUUCUAGUUGCACUGCCUAUUUUUAUCAUUAUGUCCCCUGUAAAUCCAGUGGCUGCUUCUCAUGAGUUUUCAGUCUACAGAAUGCAACAAUAUGAUCUUCAUACAGUACCUCAUGGUUGUCGUAGCUCUAGUUUCAAUUUAGAAGGCCGUUCUUUAACUUCAUGGAGCACAUCACGCCACUGUGUUGUAGCACGUGUUCAAGACAUCACUAUUGAUCAGUUCAUGGAGAUUCGAAGCAAAGCAGGUGCCCUCUUGCUUGUGUUACCCAAAAAUGAUACUGUGCUCUCUCCUGAGGAAAAAGAGCACAUUCAAUUACUUGAGAUGGCUAUGAUCCAACAAGAAGUAAGUGCUCCUGUGUACUUCACUCAGUGGACACCCGAGUAUGAUGACAUUUUACAGGACUUGCAGCAUAGUUUUAUCACUGAUGACAAGUCUGGCACUGCAUUAGAAGCAAUGUUGAAUAGCGUCUCUUCAAACGGCUAUCAAAUUGUGGUAUCCGCACCUACUCCUCAAAAAAUAGACUCAAAACCAGUCACCAUACAUGGAAAACUAGUAGGACGCUCUGGAUCACCUCAGACUAUAGUUAUAGCAGCGCAUUAUGACUCUUUAGGAGUAGCUCCCGAUUUGUCGUACGGCGCGGACUCAAACGCGUCAGGCGCGGUAGCCGUGCUAGAGUUGGCACGUAUAUUCUCGAGACUGUACUCAAGUGCAUCGACGCGAGGUGGACCUUCUUUGUUAUUCGUACUGACCGCCACCGGACACUCGCUCAAUUAUUUCUCUAUUAAAAAAUGGCUGGAGGAACAUCUUGACUCAGCUGAUGCUUCACUUCUACAGGACGUCUCUUUCGCCAUGUGUUUGGAUUCUAUAUCGUCAUCGGGUCCUUUGCGUAUGCACGUGUCAAAGCCGCCUAAGGCUGGUGGUGCUCCACAUUCUAUAAAAGAGCGCGCGGGCGUGCCCUUCACACACAAGAAGAUUAAUCUAGCGGAUGAGACCCUCGCCUGGCAUCAUGAGAGGUUCAGCAUCAGGAGGAUCACUGCCUUCACUCUGAGCUCCUUGCAGAGUCAUAAAGACCCAUCUCGGAGUUCCGUAUUAGACUCGUAUUCGGAAGCGUCACUCAAGAACUUGGUAUCAAACAUUGGUUCGAUAGCGCGCGCUCUCGCGUCACACAUAUACAACUUGACAGACGAGGCGUCUAGUGAAGACCGCGAUCUUUAUGAUCAAGCACUGGGUAUUGAAGAGGUAUCCGUCAAACAUUGGUUCAAAUAUUUAUCGUCGCAAUCGAGAGCGCCGCAUGUAAUCACUACGGGUUCGACUCCACUUUCAGGUGUAGCAGCGGCGCUAGAACGUGCGCUUUCCCGUUAUAUGGAUGUGACAGCAAAUGUUCAUACUGUAGAUAAGAGAGAGCCUGAAUACACGCUGUAUUCACCCACCAGAGCCGUGGUAUACGUUUACAGCGUCAAACCUGCAGUGUUUGAUUUAAUCCUGACGGUAGCUAUUGUGGCAUACCUCACUGUCAUAUACUUUGCUAUACAGUUUUUCCCAAAGUUUUACGAAGAGUACGCCAAACUCGUCACUGGGAAAGUCAAGGUACAUUAA